AUGUGUCUUUCUUAAAACCGGUUUUUUGGCGAUGGGUCCUUCUUGAAUAUCACCAUUCAUUUUGGUGCUUAAACGAUGGUCGCGCGCUUCAAGUCUUCGUUUUCCACACGUGUGAGAUAAACGAACCUUAAUUUGAUUUUGAUAGGGUCGCAUCUACAUUUUAUAAAAAUUUCCAAGUGUUCAAUUAAACAAUUUAAUUUCACGGUUAUCAAGUAUGUGUAGCAAAAUCCGUUCAAAAUUUUGGCCUUUCUCGCCAUUGAUGAGAUUUUUAGUGAUAUUUUGUCUAUUUUGUGUUGUAAUUUCAAAUGUCGAGUGUGUGAAGAAUCUUUCUCGAUCGAACCUACCUGGCGAAGAAAACAAACAUGUCGAUGGAAAGAACACCGAAGACGAACAUUCACCGAUAAGACAGGAUUCAGUCGACUGUUCAGUCCACAAUGGCCGAUUCUUGUGCGAAGAUAAGCGAAAAUGCAUCAAGUUAUCAGAUACGUGUAACGACGAAUGCGAUUGCUUUGACUGUUCAGAUGAAAGUGACCUAUGUUGGGAAUAUAACGAAAUUCUAUGUCGAUCGUGUCAUCAUUUGUGUUAUCCUUCUCCACGUGGCUCCACGUGUUUGAGUAACAACAAUACUCGCCAAAACAGCUCAUUAGAUCUUCAAGAAUGUGGUCCAGACACGGUUUGUGAUCAAAAAUGCGUCAUGUAUGAAGGAAUAGAACGAUGCUCGUGUAAAGAAAAUUAUCGAGGGAAGCCUGGAACCAAGGGAAAAGAAUGCGUUAGCCAUGUAUCUUAUGAAAAUCUUCUUCUGUAUUCUACUUCAAAGGAGAUAAAAUUAUUAAAUUUCACUGCCAAUGAGACCCGUGUGAUCCGGAAAGAUGUCCAGUGCACAUGUUUAGCCGCAGCUGAUAAGGAUUCAGCUAGGAUUCACACCAUCGACAUCGAUUGGAUAACUGGUAACAUAUAUUUUUCAACUAAUCGGUUCAUUGGCGUUUGUUCAAAAGAUGGCAAAUUUUGCACGAGAGUUAUGUCUCUUAGUGAGGCUGAUUUGUGCCAUAUCGGAUUAGCUCCACGUUCGGGGUUGUUAUUCACUACCAAGGGAGCUGUAGACCCUCUAUAUCACGAUUCCGAAAUCCUGAAAGCAUCAAUGGAUGGAUCAAAUUUAACAUCAUUAUACCAAGGAGGCAUAACCCAUCCAAUUUCGUUAACUGUAGAUGAAACCUCGGAGAAGGUUUUCUGGAUGGAUUCCGAUCUCGGAGAAAUUCAAAGCAUAGGGUUUGAUGGCAAAAAUUGGAAGAAAGUAUUUCAAAGUUCGCAGUUCAAUGUUUUCACCAUAAGCGGAUUCGAAAGUAAUUUGUUUUGGACAGAAGAAAACAAAAACAAAAUUUUAAUGAAUUUUUACAAUUCAACUGAAAUAAUUACCACAGACUACAAUACCACAGUCGUCAGAUAUUUAUACGGAUUUAACCCGGUUUUACAACGCAAUAAAAUAUCAAAUCCUUGCCUGAAUUCAGGCUGUGAAGGUCUAUGUUUACUCCGACCAUCCUCAGAUGAAGGAUUUUUAAAUUUUACAUGUCUAGUACAAUGUGACAAUACCACAUCUUUGAGUAGACAGAAGUGGUGCAAUAAUCUCUUUAUUCGACAUGGGCCUGAUUCGAAUGCAGAGGAAUACGGGGAAAUGUCUCAAUAUGAUGAAGAAGAUAUGGAGUUCAAUUAUCGAAAUGAAACUUCCCCACCUCUUCAAUCUGAUGAAGUAGAUCAAGAAACAGAUUUCAUUGCGUCUUCCGAACCUCCACAAACCGAAGGAAAAUUCACAUUGUUUGUGAUCUUGAUAAUAAUUUUUGUUGUGUUAACGAGUAUCUGUAUAUAUUUCAUUUUUGGAAGAGACAGGUUCUACCUCUGUUAUUCCCGAAUAAAUGUACCACCUGUCAGGUACUCAACGCUACGUGAAAGCGCUUGGAAUACUGAAACUUGUGAGUGAGCUCGUUAUACAGCUCAACAAAUCAUCAUGGAUCAUUUUCAUCGUUCCUGUGAGCUCUGAUAUCUGAAUAAUCGCAUCGAAGGACCUCCAUACCCGCUACCCAGGGUGUUUUAUUCCCUCAAGAAAUCGUUUUCAUCGAUUUUCAUCGUUUCUUAUUGUUUUUUCAUCGAUCAGCAAUAUCAGCAUCGUUCCUAUCAUUGUUGUGAAAGAAGAGGAUGGUACAGGGUGCCCAGAAAUAUCGAGCACCCCUAAGAAAUUUUUUCAUUAAAAAUAUAGGUUGGCAACGUGAAAUAGAUGCAUAUGAUUGGUGGAAUGUUAUCUCUCCAAUCCAACAACCAAUCAUGUGCUAUCAUUAUUAUUAUUCACUGUGACCAACCAUAGGAUUUUAGUAGAAAACUUUCUUAGGGGUGCUCGAUAUUUCUGGGCACCCUGUAGUUAUUAUGUACACACACGCUGUUUGUGUAAAAUAUGCACUUUUUCAUUUCCUGUAAAUUCAUAUAUAUUUCACACCUAUUUGUGUAGUUAUUGUUACCUUUUUUUUUUUUUUUUUUUUUUAGCGUGGUGGGGCAAGUUUAUUAGAGGAAUAUCACAUCAUAAUUUUUUACACAUUGGUUUUUAAAAUAAGAUGCACACAAAACAAUAAACUGGACCUUAAGCAAAUAAACAAUAGCACUAUUACAUACCUAUCUAGGCGAUGUGUUGUAUGAGUUGGUAAAACCCAACCAGUUCAAGUCGUUUCUGGCUUUCAUGGCCACACCCUCUUUGAUAGAUUGUAACAAGGCGCAUAUUUUAUUUCUACCUUUAGUAGUAGAGCGUCGGAUUCCAGAGACUGCAACACACAAACUAAACCAGGUAACAUGCCGCGGUAGCGGGUAUGGUUUGUAAUGCGUUGUGUCGUUGUAAACUGCUGCAACUUUUAAACAAGAUCGAGGACCCCCUUAUUUUCUUAUGCCAUUUUGUAGAGAAUUUUCUCCUCUUUCCAAUGGUGUAAAUUUUUUUGAAAUCCUCAUAACUUU